AUGGUUCAUAAUGAUAAGCUAGAGAAGAAUAGUGGUUGUGGCAUAACUCGUCCUAUUAAAAUGUCUUCUCAUAAUUAUGGAGGCGUGGUUAACCAAAAACAUGAUAGGUUGUUUGGUGAAGCUGAAACUUGUGUAUUGAAGCCUAACUACAAGAUGUAUGUAUCAUAUAUUUCUCUCAACAUUCGACUUAUUGUUAAUUCUGGUCUAGAUGCUGGUGGAAUUAUGAGAAAUUAUCAUGACACUCUAAUGUCUUCUGGUGAAGAUUCCCGGGAAACAAAUUUGAGGAAUCCAGAUGGUGGUAAGGAUGUGGUAGACAUCAUGUCCAACAUGUUGACAUAG